GCAGACGGUUGUGCUCUUUCGUGCCACUGCCACCAGGAAAAUAAGUGUUUAAAUUGAGUUUGCACAAGUUCAAGUCGAAGUUCGAGCGCCGCGAUAAUAUUAUUAUCACUGUGUUGCAUCGAGUACGCUAAGGCAAUCUCAGAGAAAUCAACUCUCAAAUACUUUAAAGUUUGAAGUGAUAUCAAAGUUGAGUUGUGGAUGAUCCUUAAAAAAAAAAACCUGGGAUUAACUGUUAUAUAGGGGUUUUAAAAAACCGGUAAGCACAACUACCGGUUCGGAAUUUCGGUUUUGAAACUUACUCGAACUUUUUCUCUCGCGUCGUCCUUUACCGUUUUUUGGCAGCCUCACGCGCGCUCUUUCUCUCGCCCUGCCAAAAUCGCCCGCUCUUACUCUCGCGAAAUACCGUUGGGCCUACACCGCUGGCCAGGAAUUUAGCACUGGCAUUCGCACACUCGCACACACCGGCUGCCAUAAAUUGUGAUUAACCGCAGACAGCAAGACGAAGAUUUUUAAUUAAAUUAAGAGUGAAAAACACCAGCCAGAGGGCGAAACGUAAACAAUCAGCACUGGCAAAUUAAAUAUUUAAAUAUUUGCACUCGGAAAAUUGUGCGGCAUUUUAAAUUAGGACUCCGCGACACAGCCGUGCGCAUAUUAAAGUGACAUAUCCUAUGUGUGUCCUCUGAGGCCCCAGUGAUCCGAAGCCCCCCUCCCGAAAAUCUAAGCAUCUAAAAUUCGUAGACGGUGUGUGUGCCAAGCCAAAGGAGCCAUAAAUAAAGCCAGGCAAGCAAAUAAACAAACGAACAAUCGGGUCAAAGUGCUUAGUCAGGCUGAGAGACCCAAAACCGAAAAACCGACUGGGACAGCAAUCCCCUGACUGGAGGCCACCUGCCCUUGUCGUCGCCAUUGUCGCCGUCGAUAGCAAUUAAAACAGACGUCGGCCAAAGCAAAUAGCCAUCAGCUAUAAAUUUACAAACGCCCCAGGAAAAUGCAUUGCAGCAAAACAAGCAAUUAAAGCAGUGCAGCCCCGCAACCACGAAGCGAACCUGUAGCAAUAUCCUGCUAUCCUGCCGCCUGCUGUGCUAAAAACCUAUUUUGAAUAAUUAAAAUUCCGUAAGUGCUGCAGUCGAAGACGUCGCCAGAGGCGAGGCGAAGCGAAGUGGUUGUGCGAGUGGAAGAAAUCGCAGGACAGCGGCAAGCAGGGGUCUCCCAUUGCUUGCAACACAAUCUGCGGCCUGCAAAUUCGUGUGCAGCAAUGAAAUAAUUAAUUCAAUGCCCCUGACUAAGUCGCCGAGCAGCAUAAGCAGCAGCAGCAGAAUUGCUUACAAAUUCCAGUCCUUCAGCAACGUCAGCUGCCACAAGAACAGCAACUCCGGCAAAAUGGCCGCUGAAGCGAGGACAAUUAGCCAGCCAGGACACAUCCACGAUCGGCGGAUGAGGAGCCUGCCCCACAUCCUGCUCCUGGCCUUCGCAGUGGUGUCAUUGCACCUCGAGAGCGUGUCCGCCCAGAGCAUGAUGACCAAGAACGAGCCCAUGUUCAUAUCACGUUCGGAGACAUUCAAAUUUAUCACCGGCGAGACAAUAGUGCUGCCCUGCGAGGUGGCCAACACGGACACCUACGUUGUGGCCUGGAAGCGUGGCAUUGCCAUACUAACUGCCGGCUCGGUGAAAGUAACGCCCGAUCCGCGAGUGCGUUUGGUCAACGGAUUCAAUCUGCAGAUACGCGACGCCCUGCCCACGGAUGCCGGUGAUUAUAUCUGCCAGAUUGCCACUAUGGAUCCGCGCGAAAUCACCCACACGGUCGAGAUACUCGUGCCGCCGAGGAUUCAUCACAUUAGCACCGGCGGACAUUUGCAAGUCAAGAAGGGCUCCUCGGUGCGCAUCGAGUGCUCGGCCACGGGUAAUCCAAUGCCGAAUGUGACCUGGAGCCGCAAGAACAAUAUUUUGCCCAACGGCGAGGAGAAGCUCCACUCGCACGUCCUCUCCAUCGAGAAUGUGGACCGGCACAAGGGCGGCGUCUACAUAUGCACUGCCAACAAUCGCGUGGGCCAGCCCGCUUCCAGCCAGGUCGUGCUCCAUGUCCUGUUUUCGCCGGAAAUCUCCGUGGAGCGUCCCGUGGUCUUCUCGGGCGAAGGGCACGAGGCCACGCUGGUCUGCAUCGUCCACGGCGAAACACAGCCUGAGGUAAUUUGGUUCAAAGACACCAUGCAAUUGGAUACCACCGAGCGGCACAUCAUGGAGACGCGGGGAUCGCGGCACACCCUGAUUAUACGCAAAGUGCAUCCGCAGGACUUUGGCAACUACUCCUGUGUGGCCGAGAAUCAGCUGGGAAAGGCACGCAAGACCCUGCAGUUGAGCGGAAAACCGAACGUGGCCGUUUUUAAUUCACCGCCAAUCAGUCAGUACAAGGACAGAUACAACAUCUCCUGGGCCGUCGACUCGCACUCGCCCAUCGAGGAGUACAAGCUGUCCUUCCGCAAGUUGCCGCAAGGACACGAGGUCGUUGGCAAUGCCAUCGACUCGCCCUCCUCCUCCAACUCGAUGCUGAUGUCCUCCUCCUCGUCCCAGAUGUACGGCUCGGGCUCCGGGCUACACGGCCAUCGGAUUGGCAGCAACAUGGGCGGACUGUCCGGAUUGUCUGGCAGUGGCAGCUACUCCGGCUACGGCAACGUGAUGCACUGGGGGCACAACGACUGGCGCAACGUCGUCCUGCCGGCCGUUCCCGUUUCGCACCACUACGCGCAGGGCAUGAGCUACAUGGUGCGCGGCCUGGAUCCCGACCAGCACUACGAGGCCACCGUGCAGUCCAGGAAUCGUUACGGAUGGAGCGAUUUGACCAACAGUUUCGUCUUCUCCACAUCAUCGAAUGAUGGACCUGUCGAUCUGUCAACCUUUUUGAAUCACGGUCUGUCAGAUAACGAGAUGAGGGAUCUGAGCGUCACCUUCUACGGCAGCAGCGCCAUCAACAGACAGAAACUGGGCCUCCUGGCCCUGAGUUCCGCCACUCUGGCUCUGAGCCUGCUGGUGGCCUAAUUGCUUUCGAACUCGACUUUGACCCGAGUUACGUUACGAAUUUCACCGCCAACAGCAGUUUGAUCUGGGACAGGAUAUUGGCCACCGAGGUCCUGCACAACACUCUAUAGUCUCUAUAGAGAUGAUCCACAUAGACCUAAGCGAGUACGAGUAAUUACCACUACGAUUUCUCAUUGUUCGAUUCGAAUUUCUCCAGCAAAGUUUAGUGAAUUAAUCAAGAAAGGGAAAGCCGAAACGAAAAACGGAACCACACAUUAUACAUGUAACAAUCAAUGUAAAAGAGCAUGCAACUGUUCAAACUAGGACCCAUAAUACACACUCACCUUCGCCGACCAUUUCUGCACUCGAAAAAAACCAGUGUACAUAGAUUUUAUUGCAUACUCCUAAGUAUAAACUGCACCAAAGAAAUAGGGUCACUCGACGCGAGAAGAGAGCUAAAUUUACACAUAACUAGUACGUAUGGAGUCGUAAAGGGCAGACAUGGCCACAAAUGAUCCGGGGCUUAGACGCCCGGAGUAAUUUGUAGCAUUAUGCGGAUAGUUAAUUUAAUUAAUACAUAAAUGCAUAAACUAAUUAUCGGAUACGCCACUGCCGCCAAAUGCACUUCAUACCCAAAUACCAGCGUUUUAGUCAAAUUUCCCCAUUAAACGGCCGUCGAGUCGAACUAAUUUGCAGCAUUCGAGACGCAUUUCAAGGGCUUACUGUGGACAGUGUUUUCUAGCUUUUUGCAAUUUGUAUGUACGUAGCCGCUAAGUAGCUUAAUUGACCGCAUAAAUGCAAUUAAAUUAGUCGGCAGACCUAUUGAUUUGGUAUGUAAAUUAAUCCACACACGAAAAAAGGGGCAGCACAGAUAGAUGAUGCUUCCACAUGGCUAUUGGAUAACAAUUAGGCAGUAAGUGUAAAUAAAUACGAUUGAUGUGUGUACGGCGGAUUCGCCAGAGUAAUGUAGCCAGUAAAUGAAUAUCCACAAUUCGCCGGGUUCAAUCCCGGGGCCAAGGUUGUUUUAUGUAAAUAUAUUGCACCACACAGUCAUUCGAAGUCUCAUGAUAUAUGUACUUACAGUUCGAUACUCGUAUUGUUGCUUCACCUUGCACCCCGUAUUAUCCUUUUUGGCCAUCCCAAGAUAUCGAAGGCCAGGCGAGAGCGCACUUUAGAUGCAGUUGUCAUGCAAAAGAAAACAUAUGAGCUAGGGGAUAAGUGAAUAUUGUAAUGAGAUUAACGAAAACGACGCCUACAUAUAAAUAAAUGUAUAGGAAAAUACCAAAUAACUUUACUUGAUUUCCCAAUAAACUCAGCCAGAUACAAGAUACGCAUUCAGCUUUUCUAGAAUUAACAAUAAAUGUGGUUAAAAAACCGAAACCAAAGCGAAAAGGAUAAAUCUAGCAUAGUACUAUAUGUGUAAUUAAUACUGCUGUCGAGCGAUUGGCCACACACAAAGCGAAAAGUGAAUCACAGUAAAUGUAUAAUUUGUGUUAUUGUGAAUGUAAAUGGAUGUGCAACAAGCGAUACAGUUUAAUAUAGCAAAGGCCGCAGCAAAUAAUAUUUAAAUCCCCGAAAAUUGAAGCAACCAAACCGAAACUCCCCCUACGAUUCCCACUUGAAGUUGCUUUGGUCCGGCGACUGGAGCCCAUCGAUAAGUUAGCUAAAUGAUAUGAGGAUGAUGAUAGCGAUGUCGGUACUCAGUAUAUAUACACCUGAAUGAUAUAUAGCGAUCGAGCCGUUACUUGUAUGUGUAAUUUACAGCUUAGUUCUAGUUACAUCUCAUUUUGUUAAAGGCAACAAAUACCAAAUACCAAGUCUACUUUAAAGUAAUAACAACAAUACUAACCUACAGCAGAACAUUUUCGGUAUUGAAUGUAUAUGUGACUAGAAACCGUAUGUGUAUGUAUAUUUGAUUAUUUUGUAAAAUUUUUCAAAAACUAUAAAUAAAGUCUAUAUUACCAUAUAAAUGUAAA